AUGUUGUUGUCAUUGAGCAAUACCGAUUGGACUGUCAGCGCUGCCAGGGCGCCCAAGCCCACUGCAUCACCCUCUCCGCCCCCGUCCUCGUCGCCUCCGCCCUCUCCGUCGCCAGCACCCUCUCCGGCUCCCUCGCCUUCCCCUUCGGCGCCGCCCCCAAGCCCGGCAGCACCAUAUUCGCCAGAAGUGUGUACGUCGCCGACUUUGCUAUGGUCUGACGAGUUUGACGCGGCGACCUUGGACACCUCUUCUUGGAAUUACUUUACUGGUACAGCAUACAACAACGAGCUCGAGUACUACACUUCUCGCCCCGAAAAUGUGCGGCUGGAGAACGGCAGUCUGGUCAUCGAGGCACGGGCCGAGGCUUACGGCGGCAUGAACUACACUUCGGCCCGCAUUGACACUCGGCUCAAGCGCGCCUUCUACCCGGGCGUCUCCGUGAACGGCACCGUUGUUCCCAAGAUCCGCUACGAGGCCCGCAUGAAGCUCCCAAAGGGUCAGGGCAUGUGGCCCGCAUUCUGGCUGGCACCCAACAGCCAAGUCUGUGACGCGUGCGGCCCGUACGGAUCUUGGCCGUAUUCCGGAGAGAUCUACAUCCUUGAGGCCAUUAACAACAUGACUUACGCGUUUGGGACUGUCCACUACGGCGGCUUCAGGUCGGAUGGGCAAACAUUCAACAACCAGGGGCAUUACCGACCCACCUCGUUCAAUCUGGGGCUGGAAUGGCACACGUACGCGUUCGAGUGGAGCUACAACCAGAUGUGGUGGUUUAUUGACGACGUGUUGUACUACACCACACACAGCUAUUUUUUGUCGGACGAGGGCUGGUGGACUUCGAGUCAGACCACGACACCCACGGGGCCCAACUCCCCCUUCGACGCGCCCUUCUACAUCAUUUUGAACCUGGCUGUGGGCGGCGACUGGCCCAGAGCUCCGGAUGCAUCCACAGUGUUUCCUUCCCAGCUACUAGUCGACUACGUGCGGGUGCUGGGGUACUGGUAA